AUGCUCAAGACUCGGGUUCAAAUCCAGUUUGGAGUGCCGAAAUCCGCUGGGUUCGUUCUUGCGCGAAACUCUAACUGGCAGCGCAUCGUGUCGAUCCAGAAGCUGACAAAUAUGCCAGAUUUGAAUGCAUCAAAGCUAAAAAUCGUUGAACGUGGAGUUCGGAUCUGUCUCUUCGAUGGUUUCAGGGUAAGUCACUUUUUUCUUUUACGCAUAAUUGAUGGGCAUAUUGUUGGGCAUCCAACAAUGAGCUUAACUGCAAUUCAUCCAGAUAUGGACGAGCAAAUAAAAAUCUUUUAUGAUAGAGCCUGCCGUUUAUUGAAAUGA